ACGUGGAGUCAUGUGAACAAAGACUUGCAAAUGCAACAGAGUACCUCGUGUACCCUUAUCGUUUGUUUACAGACCACGUCUCGUUACCAGACACGGCUGGCGCGCCAAGCGGCACGACAUGUGUGCAUUUUUUGCCCGCCCAAGGAGGCCGCGGGCGCGAGGUUAUACACCCAUUAUUACGUCCUUCCUACUUUCAAUUAUUAUUAUCGGGCGGCGGCGCCGCACCCGCGACGGGGAGGAGGAGAGAGGCGCAGCUGCUGCCUACCAAUAAUCGAGACCUGUCCUCGAUAGAAAGGGACAGAGAUAACGACCGACAAGCACAAAAUAAGACUUAUACUUGAUUUUAAUGCCCAGUGAAACUUUUCAGGUAUCAAAUUGUAAGUAAAUAUAAUUAUUGGUGAGUUUCGGCAACUUUCAUACCCUCAAGAAGAAACGUCAUCCCUGAAAAACAUUUAAAACUGAAAUAAAUCCGACCGCGAUAGGAGGCGGAUCUCCGAAGUUUGCCGAGCGGUUUCGCCUAUGCUCGUCAGUACGCUCGCCGCAUUUUGGCGGCCGGUCGUGAGGAUGGUGCGUUCCGUUCGCGAACAAAGAAAAAUAUUAUUUUGCAAGUGUCAAGUGGAUAAUGUCGUCUGAGCCUACUAAAGUGGAGGUGGAAUACAUAAACGAGGAUAAAACAGGCAAGGAGGGAAGCGGCCCACAGUCGCCCCUAGCGCUGCUGGCAGCCACGUGCAGCCGUCUCGGCGCCAACAUGGGGCCAGAACAGGAACAGAAGGAGCAACAACAUUUCAGCCCACAACAACAAACGCAACAACAACAAGCCCAACAACAGGCUCAACAGGCGCAGCAGCAAGCCCAACAACAGGCACAACAGGCGCAGCAGCAAGCCCAACAACAGGCUCAACAGGCCCAACAACAAGCGCAGCAACAAGCGCAGCAGCAACAGCAGCAGUUGAUACAGCAACAGGUGCAGAGCGAAGCUGCCACUCUUGCAGCAAUCCAGCAGCAAUACCUACAGCAGCAACCGCAGCUGCGAGUCAUCAGCUCCGCCGUCGUGCAGCAGCUUCGUGCUCAGGGGCUCUCUGGAAAUGAAUUAUCGGCGGCCAUCGCGAACGCGGCGAAUACCGUCCCCAAUGGCAUUCAAGUUCAACAACCUCAGGUUAUAUCAAUGCAGCAGCUACAGUCUCUGCUUGGCGGUGGAGUGGUUUCGAACGGCGAGGGCGCCACCUACCAGAACACUCCGCAACAGUUGCUGCAGAUACAUCCACAGCUAUUACAGCAACAAGGCGGCGUGUACGGCGGCUGCCUGGUGGGCGGCGGCGUGCAGCCCAUGCAGGCCGUCACCGUCGACGGCCAGGACGCGCUCUUCAUACCCGCGCAGCACUCGCAGAACUUCUCCGGCAUGGGCCAAGUGAGCCUCGUGAACGGGCAGCUCGUGAGGACGCCGGUGCUGCCCGCCGGCUUCCUGCAGAACGUCAUGCACCUGCCCACGGAGCAACAGGCCACCGUGACGAUACCGGGCACUAACAUAUCGAUACCGUUAUCCGCGCUCGGCAACCAAAUGAUAUCGAUACCCGGCGCCAACCUAGUGCAGGGCUUAUCGAUACCGACUAGUCAGGUGCCGACCAGCCAGACCAUAUCGAUACCGUGUAGCGCGCCAGACAAGAAAGAGAAGGAGGGCAGUCCGCAGCAGCAAGGUGGCGGGGUAGCGGUCCGCGGCGGCGUGGGCGGCGUGGGCAUGGGCAUGGUGCCGGUGCAGGUGCCGGUGAGCGUGGCCAACGGGCACACCGUGUACCAGACCGUGCACCUGCCCGUGCACGCGCCGCAGCAUCUGCAGAUCAUACCGCAGCUGCAACAAAUGCAAGCGCAGCCGCAAGUAGCGAACGUGCUCACGCCAUCGGGACAGAUUCAGCAGAUUCAAAUCGCGUCGCUGGCCAAUGUUCAGCAGCAAAACGGAGCAACACAAGCCACCGCCAGUGCCGGGCAAACGCCAGGAACCAUAACGCUACAGAUGCCAACGUUGGGCGUGGGCGGCAUCGGCGGAGCUGUGCAGCUAGUCCCAGCGCUGGGCUUGCCCGGCGUGCAAAUCGCACAGUUACCCCAGGCUCAGCCUCAACCGCAGCCUGUCAUUGGCCAGCAAAUCCAACAAGACCCCAACGAGCCGGGCAAGUGGCAGAUAGUCACAGUUGGCAACAAUAGCAACAACAGUAACAACAGCAACAGCGGCAACACUUCGGGUACCGAGUGUGAGAAUGGGAAGCAGAGAGCGGCCAGUCCCAGUGGCAAGAGGAUGAUGAAGCGGGUUGCCUGUACAUGUCCCAACUGUGAUCAAGGAGAGAACCGGCUAGUAGACCGCAAGAAGCAACACGUAUGCCACAUAGCGGGCUGCAACAAGGUGUACGGCAAGACUUCACAUCUACGCGCUCACCUCCGCUGGCACACCGGCGAGCGGCCCUUCCUCUGCAAUUGGCUCUUCUGUGGAAAGAGGUUCACACGGUCAGACGAAUUACAACGGCAUAGACGGACGCACACCGGCGAAAAACGCUUCGAGUGCCCCGAGUGCAGCAAGCGGUUCAUGCGCUCUGACCACCUCGCCAAGCAUGUCCGCAUACAUACCAAGAAUCGCAUCACGGAGGUAGCCACCUCAACGCAAUCCAUGUACUCGGACUCCGGCGACGACAGUUGCGACGAGAAGAUGAUGCUCACCAUAGAAACCAUCCAUCCCGAGGGUGAAGACGAUAAGCAGCUGGUCAUGAUCCGGCCUGCAGGCAAGAUAGAACCCGACCACGACAGCUAGGACGAGCACAGCGACGGGUAGGCGUCGCUGAGUGAAUAGGAAAGUAAGAUAGAAUGAGAUGGUCAGUUUUGGAGGCUGGUACCUCCAUGGA